UACACACAUCUCCUGUACAAUGCCUAGUAUUAAAUUAAGCAUAUGAACGAGUAUGGGCUGAUAUGUAUGUAUGACAAUGCAUUACAACGCUAAGGCUUGUUUCAGCUGCCUUUUUUUCUCCCCCAGGUAUUUUUAAUUUGAUCAGUAUGAUCAGUCUCUGUUCCUCAUCACUUGUGUGGUUUCCAGAAAAACCCGGCAGUCGUCUUCUGUUAAAUUAUGGUUUUUGAAAGCUGGAAAAUGCAUUAAAUGAUGUGUCAAGAAAGAAAAUAUAUGACAAAAGUGGAGUAACAGGUAAGUUUUGAGUGUUACGCAUUCCUUUUCACGGACAGGGAGCGGCAGAGAUUGCCUGCUGCCAACAACUUCAGCAGGGAGCUGAAGCAGCAUUUACGGCCAGGAAACGUCUUCGUUUGCAAAAGCUGUAUUCAGCUCUUCCAGCAGCAAAUAGUAGGUUAUGCUCGUUGUGGUUUAUCUGCUGAGAAUAACGCUAGAAUUGCUGUUUUACAGACGGCUGCAGGUAGGCAGGGCUGUUCAGCACACACGCCUCCCCUUACCGCCUGCUCAGCGGGCAGCAUUCCUUGCUAAGCGAAUCGACCAUCUUCCUUUUUUAGGAGCCGCAGCAUACUGUGUCCAUGUAUUAUUCUCCCAUUAAGGCACACGGCUUUGAAUUUCAGGGGGCGAGAGGUGUUUUCAGCGUCGUUGCCGAGGAAGCCCAGAAGAUGGCAGAGAAGCGCUCGGCGCAGACAACGAGGGCGGCUCUCGCAGCGCUUGGCCGCCUCGUUUCAGCCCGCGUAAUGCCCUCGCGCGGUUUCUGCGCUCGAAGAGACGUGCAGCGCCAGAAACAGAACUGAAGGCCAUGCGGAGUAAAGCAAGAGUGCCCAAAAGCAAUUCCCAACGCCAGCUCCUCGUCAGCGUUCUCUGGACGGCAGCAGCCCACAGCUACAGCUGCAGGGGGGAAGCAGCAUCCGAAGACAGGUCUCGGGGCAGCAGACCCCCAGCGAGAGAAGGGAGGCCGAGCCCGCGUGCCGCUGCAGGAGGAGGCGGAGGCAGCGCAGCCCCGGAGCGGCAGAGCCCCGCAGGAGCCACCGUGCGCAACCCGGGCACGGAGAUCGGUUCCAGAGGAAGGCCUUCGUGCUUUACGAGGCAGCAAAGAGCACGGCGCUGUCUUCUCGUGACUCGCAUUCCCCUGAGGACAGGCCAUUCCACCCCUUACGCUAGCCGUACGCUCCGUCUGCCCGCCCUCCCUUCGCGCACCGCGCCGAGAUCUUCCGGCACACGCACGUCCCGCCCCGCGCCAGGCCGCGCUCAGCGCGCUGACCGUCCCGCACCACCGCCAAUAGCAGCUCCGCAUGCAAAUAACGCCGCGCUGCAGGGCGCCGCCGGCAGAGCGCGGAUGUGGGAGGCGUGGGGAGCGGCAUGGUGGUGCUGCGCGGCCUGCGGCGGCGUUGGAACGCCUACAAGUACCGCUUCGUGCCCUGGCUGGCCUUCAAUGUCCGCCGCCAGCGCAGGACGCUUCGGUACAGUGUACAGAAAGCAUGAGCCCAUCUUUUUCCAGUCGCUUGGCAAUCCAUUUAUUUUUAGGUGUAUAGAUGGUAUUCUUAUUGAUGGGAAUGAUAAAGGACUGUCAAGAUCAGUGUACAGGUCUUGCAGCUGGAGGGAUCAGCUUGGCCCCUUUCAGAUGAGCGACGUAAGUUGGCUCACAGCUGCUCCACAAAACCCACUGGCGGUGGGACAGUAUGUGAACAACUGCUCCUAUGAGUGCUUUCUUGAAGUGGCUGCCCUCUGGAUGUGAACAAAGCAGUGGAGGAUUGCAGAGAUGAAGUGCAGACUGCACGGCACCUAACAGGAUGUGUGGCACUGGUUUCUCCUUGCUCAAAUACUGAAACCUGGCAGCCUGCUUUAAGGAUGGAUCAUACACAUGAGAAAGCAUAAUCUGGCCUGAAACUGGCAUCAGCUAUCGUUAUCUGCCUGCUGGUGGUUGUAGAAUAGAAUUGAAUAGUUAAGUUGGAAGGGGUCUUCAGAGAUUUCCUGCCCAUCUGGCUGUGCACCGCAAGAUGCAGUUUACCCCUUGGCUGCCAGGGCACACUGCAGGCUCACGCUGAGCUACUGGCAACAGCUCCUGCAGAUACUUUCCUGCUGUCCCCCAGCUCAGCCUCCCAUCAGUGCCUGUGUCCAGCAUUGUUCCAUCUCAGGUACAGCACCAGCACUUUCCGAGUGGCCACUCACCAGCCAAUACCCUGUUAUUAGAGUGAGCUCUAUCUCUUGAAAGAUUAUUUUAAUCUCAUUGGAAUUCCUAACAGGGCAUUACCAGCAAGAGGCACGCAGCCAGUCUCAGCAGGACCUUUGGAGGAAGGUCAGCCAGCACAGCUCUGACUUUUGACUUCUUAACUCCAAAGGUGAAGCUUGUAACAGCUGCAGUGGUAAUUCUCCAAGAGCUUAAGUUGCUCCCUGGAUUCCCUGUUGAUUUGGGAUGGCAGAAAAGUUCAAAUGCUUGGAAAAUCGGAGGAGCUGAGCUGACAAACCCAGCAGGAGAGCUGCAGGUGCUCUGGAGAAACAGGCCCACAGAAGAGGGGAACAUGCCUGCCAGAGUGAGCAGCUGCCUAGGAUCAGAAACUCACUUUAAGGACAGCAAUAGUUCACAGCCAAGCUAUUGCAGCCAGAGCAGGGACCAGCAUGCGACUGUGCAGCAAGUGGGGAAGGAGCUGCAGAGCUGCCCAGGGCCUUGCACAAGGUUAUACCCACCUCUGUGGCUCUAGCACCCCGGCAGCCUGCUUGAGCAUGGGUGUGUGAAAGUAGAGAAGUGGAUCAGUUACACACUGACACUGGAGGAACUGCUGGCAAAAAGGGAAGGACGAAGAACAAGUUUAUAAGCACUGAAAGUAAUGAUUUGUUGCACUACUGAAGGGUGUAUAUGUGUGUGUACAGUGAUGAAUACAUUCAUAUGCACUUGUAUUUACAUAAUAAAUGUGCUGGGAAUAUGUGUGCGUGUACAAAUAUGUGAGAACAGCCAGCUGGGACUUGUACAGGGGCUGCAAGCAGCUUGCACAGCGCUCUCGAAGGGGAGGGCUGUCACUGUGGUGAACACUGGCACUCAUCCAUCCUUCCUCCCUUGCCCUCAAAGCUUUCAGUCCUUCCUGCUGUUUCUGGUCUGACCCUGCCAUGAGCCAUGUUUUGCCAAAUGUGGUAACAAAAAAAAACAACAAAAAAGAGGAUUUUCCCUUGUUUUGUUUUCUGCUGUUGCAGCAAUUCACAUAAGGCACAGGAGCCAGCGAGCAGGCAGCUGUGUUUGGUGGCUUUGAGUUGCAGUGUGACUCACUGUACCUUGCAAAGCCACACUGCAAGAUGCAUUCAUUUUUUUUGUGUUCAGGAGAUGCUGUACUUACAGCAGGUCCUUUUGGCUAUGGAGAAGCUCUGCUCCUGGCUGCCUCAUCCUUCCCUGUGCUGGUUCUGGGUCUCAGCUAAUGACACUGACAGGAGCCAGUACUUCACCACACCAAAAGGAAGUGGUUUUCUUCUGUGGGGUUCGUUAAUUGAAUCAAAUGUCCCCACCUGACAGCAGGUGAGUGACAAAGGGGAGAGUGUAGGCAUUAUGGGUUUGGUUUUGUUGCCCCUCUCCCAGUUUAAUGGCACUGAUCUUAUGCCAAAUCACUAGAAGGGAGGUUCAUCCUGUCACCAAAGAGUUUUAGGGUACUUUGUUUUGCACUUUCUAACAAUUAUCAUUAGAAAAGACACAAUUCACAUCUCUUGGUCUUAGCUCAUGGAGAAAGGAAAGCGCAGCUCAUUAAAUUACUUGGCAAGUUAACUCUUUUGCUGGUUUGAUUUAUAAUCAGCUUGCACUCCAGGCAGUUAUACUUUACUUUACUAAAAAAAUCCUUUCUUUACCUGAAGCUAUAUUGUUCCAAUCAUUGCAGAAAUAUGCAUAUUGGGCCUACGAAGCCUCAGCACUAAUUCUGGUGCUUGAUGGAACAGCCAUUACUCAGAAGUAACACAGUGCUUUUCAGAGUUCACCAUCAUUUUCUUGAGGACAAUACGUAAAAUGCAUUUCAGACAGAUAGUUCAACUUAAGCAUGCAGAGUAGAAUUUUUCUUAUCCACAGUUGUAACUGAGCCAGCUAAAUGGAUCUAAUUUGUGGAUUCGAGGAUUUGAGCAAGUUUUCUUAUACAGAGAACAGGAAUGUAUUCUGCACAGCUUACCACACACUUUGAAUAUGGGGUUAAGCUGCUGUGGUGUUCCUUGGAAGUUAUGUUUAAGUCCCAUCUAAGAUUUCACUGUGCUUAAGGCAUAAGGUUUGAGGGAAAUCACUGCUUACUGUUUUACCUGCAAAUCUGCUUGUUAUCUUUUUCACUCCUACAUUAGUGUUACAGUAUCUGAGAAUACAUGCAGAGUUAGUGCUAAGCACGUCUGAAAAUGAAAUAGCAAACACAGUGCAGAUGCAUGAAAAGCUUUACAAGUAAAGAAAGGUCUCCAGACAUUUAUUUCUGGAACUGUACACCAGGUAUUAAAAUACAACAAAUACAAAAUAAUGCUCAAAAAAAUCAGUGUUUAUGUACAAAUAUUAAAACCAAUGCAACGAUAGCGACUUCCUCUUGAACAUCUGACUGAUACUACAGCAUGUUCCGAUUGUCACUAAGUUUACUGUUAUGCACAGGGUACUCACUUUGAGAAUAACUGGGAUCUCUGCUUUAUCAUAGAGGACUAUGACCAGACUCUCUUUUACAACUGAUAGCAUUUUCCUUUUUCCAGUGAAGAAUAGGAAUGAAAGAAAAAAAAAAUAGUAACCUGGUAAUCAUUUUAUAAAUUAUACUGUAUUUAGUUUCCCCAUCUGUAGGCAAUGUGCUUGUGAUGCUGGGCAAGCAGUGACCCCGUUGGUCAGUUGAUCCAUUAUGUUACAUUCAAAGCUAAAGUAUUCUCUAGAGACUUUGGUUAAAUUACGUAGUAUCGUUAUGUUCUACUGAAUCUGAAUUUCUCAUACAUUUUUGACCCUUGGCUUUAAAAAUUAAAACAAAACAAUUGCACAAUUCAUUGACCUAAUUGUACACAAUUUAGUAUUCUUCAGACAGUAUUGUACAUCCUUCAAGUAAUUCAGCAGUUUGUCCGUGACAAGAGAAAAACUAAACGUUUAAAAAUCUAUCGUGAGAAGACGAUGCAUGAGUAACAAAAGUAAAGGUAUUGCUAUAAUCAUAGCACCAGUUACACUUCUAAAUGAAUCAGCUAUCCUCGUCAGGCUCCCUGUAUGUAAAAAGGAUACAUUUACCAAUACUGCAGUUGGCCAUUAUGGAUUUUUGGUUUGUUUGUACGAAGACAGAGUGUGGCAAAGGACAAGGAAUUUAUCACAGUUUGUUAUAAGAAUUGUGCUCCACCAUCCAAGAAACAAGGCAACACAAUUUCUUCCUAUGCCUGCAAUUCAGGUAUCUUUGUGCUGACUUCCAAAACACAAUUCUUUUAAUAAACAGUAACAAGUUCUCCAUUUAAAUGUUUAAACUGAGAGAAAAAUAAGUAAGUCCAGCUUUUAAAAGAAAAUUUCAAUAAAUAGCUAUUUUACAUGGAUAAAGUCAUAGUGGUACAAAUUUAUGAAUGUCACAUCAAGCAUGCACAAAAAUGUUCCUAUACACAGAAGUAGUCGAAAAUAUUGAAAUAGAUAUCUAAAAAGAUAUGAAGAAUUUACAUAUUUACAAACUCUUGCAAAUUAUUGCCUCAUUUUAACAAGGAAUUAAAAGUAAACGAUACCAGCUAGCUAGCCAACAGGCUAAAAAAGAUCAGCAUUUAAAAACCUAUCAGACUAGCUGGAAUUCAUUUUUCUCUCAUAUCAUUUUCUGAAUUUUGGUCAAAAGUCUUUAUUUAAAUAACUAAAGUGUCCAUUCAACUCGCUGACAAUCCAUACCUUAGACAAGUCUCUGUCUACAUUAAGAUCCCAGCAAUGCAUAGAUAAACUGAAUAUAUUACUGCAUCAGCUAAUGAGAAUGGGCAUGUUCAUUUAAGUGCAACUGGUAUAAGCAUUCAGUCAUCUCUCUAUAAUGAUUUUUAUACACACCAGCCACUCACUGUAAACCCAUACAUGAAACUUGAAUGUAUAACAACAAAGGAUUA